UCACGUGUAUUAGGACCCACCAGUUGCAAUGUUUAGAAAGCUAGGAUCCAAAUAUGUCGGAGAUGAAGACAAACAGUUUACAGCUCUUAUCCUCUGUUAUUGGUAUUCACAUUGCUGCACAUUUAUUGAUAUUUCAACCAACUCCCAUUUUUUUUCUCUUAAAAUAGAUAUAUAUUGCUUUUUGUGCAAAGGAUUUAAGGAUCAAUGUAUCUAUCUGCAUUCACACAUUCAUUAGUCUUAUCUCUAUAAAUUCCUGAACCCUUUUACUGUUACUCCCACUUUUAGUUGUUAAAUUCAAAAAUGGCAAGAAGGAUUGAGCUUUCUUUGAUUCUCUUUGUUCUGUUUCUCUCCACUGCAGCAAUAACCAUGGCCAGAAACCUUGGAGAGGAAGCAAGUGGUGGUGAUACAGAGUUUAUUAAAGCCUCUUGUGAGACAACGUCAUAUCCGGAGAGAUGCUUCCAGUCUCUGUCUUCAUAUGCAAGCGAGAUCAAGCAGCAGCCACGUAAACUUGCUGAGACAGCGCUUGCCGUAAGCAUGGCCCGAGCAAAGUCAGCCAAAACUUAUGUGUCAGGGAUGACUGACUAUAAUGGAAUAACUAAGAGGCAGCACGAGGCUGUAGAGGACUGUGUGGAGGAGAUGGGAGACACUGUUGACAGGUUGAGCAAGUCGCUGAAGGAACUGAAGCAUCUGGAGGAAGGGGACAGCGGAGAAGACUUUUGGUUCUGUCUGAGCAAUGUCCGGACGUGGACAAGCGCAGCUCUGACGGAUGAGACCACGUGUCUUGACGGGUUCGGAGGAAAAGCCAUGGAUGGGGAGCUGAAAAGCUUAAUCAGAACACACAUUGUGAGUGUGGCGGAAGAGACGAGCAAUGCCUUGGCUCUCAUCAAUGACUUUGCUUCCAAGCAUUGAAAACAUUUCAAAACGGUUUGGUCUCGGGGACAGAGUUUUUCCUUGGAUUUGGUUUUGAAGAGAUGUGCUUUGGUUUGGUUCUGAGUCAUUUCAGUUUUUCUUGCCGCGUCGUUGUAUUUUCUAUCUACGGGUCUUCAUAGUUGAAGCAUUUGGUGUUUAUUUUUAUCAGUAUUUCAAAAUAGGAAAAAUAUAUGGACUAUCUCAAAUA